GCCAGGCCGCUUUUAUCUAAAGCGAUGGAAGAUGGACUUUUUAACGACUUGGCCGACCCACGGCUUGAAGGUGACUACAUUGUCCACGAGAUGGCUCGUAUUGUUGCUUGUGCUGCUGCCAGUAUACGUCAUUCAGCAAGACAACGCCCUAAGAUGAGUCAG